AUGCUAACGAAGGUGUUUUUGACGUAUCAAUGUCUCGAUCGAACGAGUCAGGGACUAAAGGAAGAAAGUAGUAGAAAAGGUGACGCGUGGAUAACAAACAACAAGUUGAGAAAAUUCAAUGCUCCAAAUUCGGCAUUAUUGCUCACUCAGAAUGAUGUACGGCGCUAA